AUGAUGUCCAGCACGAAUAUCCUAACCAGCCUUUUCCUGCUACCGUCUCUCGCCCAGGUUGCCUUCUCAGCAGUAACCAAGAGGGCCACAGCUUGCAACAACUCUCCAGACUUGUGCAGCAAAACUUACAACAAUGUGACCCACCUUGGUGCCCAUAACUCGCCCUUCCUACGAGAUUCAUCCACUGGAAACUCGGCUUCUGGCAAUCAAUUCUACAACUCCACCGUCCAGCUCAGCGCUGGUGUCAGGUUAUUGACUGGCCAAGUACACAACAAUAAUGGUUCAUUAGACAUGUGCCACUCGAGCUGUACACUGCUCAAUGCAGGAUCGUUGAGUGAUUGGCUAUCAGAGAUCAAGACGUGGAUGGAUGGAAACCCAAACGAGGUCGUUACUGUCCUGCUUGUUAACUCAGACGACGCAUCUGCAUCGGACCUGGCAAGCGCAUACACCAAUGCUGGAAUCACAUCCUACGCCUACACUCCCACAUCAACCAAGGCUACAGGCGAUUGGCCCACGCUACAAACCCUCAUCAAUGACGGAAAGCGUCUGCUCAACUUCGUCGCUAGUCUCGACGACAAUUCUGCUGCACCUUACCUUAUGGAUGAAUUCACUUACAUCUUUGAGAACAACUACGACAACACAUCACCAUCAAGCUUCUCCUGCGCAGCUAACCGACCUUCUACCGUCACCACAAGCUCUGCACUGCAACAGAACAUGAUGCCAUUCAUGAACCACUUCCUCUACGAAACGACAAGCCUCUUCGGUACCACCAUCGAGUCUCCUGAUCUUGGUAAUAUCAGCACCACGAACUCGGAAUCCGGUGGUACCGGUGCUUUGGGAACAUCCGCAACCGAGUGCACCAAUACCUAUGGCCAAGCUCCAACAUACCUCCUGGUCGAUUUCUUCAACGUCGGUCCAGCCAUUGAGACCGCAGACAGACUCAACGGUGUCACCAAUGCCGUCGGCAGGACGAACAUCUACUCUAUCCAGAUGUCUGCGGCAUAUUCAUUGUCGGAACACUCGACGCCCCGUCUCGUGGCCAAGGCUGCUUAG